AUGGCGGCAGAGGCUGCAAUGACGAGGACGAGAUCUAGAAUUACGCAACAGAAAAAAAACUGCCGCCAUCACGUUGCCGAAGGAUCUGUUCCCAAAAGGAGGGAACGAAGCCAGUCCGAAAGGAGGUUCGUCCCCGUGUGCACGCCUUUCCGACGUGAGCGAAGGGCCAGCGAGAGGCCAGCGAGGGGCCAGCGAGAGGCCAGCGAGGGACCAGCGAGGGGCCAGCGAGGGGCCAGCGAGAGGCCAGCGAGAGGCCAGCGAGGGACCAGCGAAAGGCCAGCGAGAGGCCAGCGAGGGGCCAGCGAGAGGCCAGCGAGAGGCCAGCGAGGGGCCAGCGAGAGGCCAGCGAGGGGCCAGCGAGAGGCCAGCAAGGGGCCAGCGAAGGGCCAGCGAGAGGCCAGCGAGGGGCCAGCGAGAGGCCAGCGAGGGAAAGCGAGGGGCCAGCGAGAGGCCAGCGAGGGGCCAGCGAGGGACCAGCGAGAGGCCAGCAAGGAGCCAGCGAGGAGCCAGCGAGGAGCCAGCGAGAGGCCAGCGAGGGGCCAGCGAGAGGCCAGCGAGGGACCAGCGAGGGACCAGCGAGGGGCCAGCGAGAGGUCAGCGAGGGAAAGCGAGGGGCCAGCGAGGCCAGCGAGGGGCCAGCGAGAGGAAAGCGAGAGGCCAGCAAGAGGAAAGCGAGGGGCCAGCGAGGAGCCAGCGAAGGAUCAGCAAGGGACCAGCGAGAAGCCAGCGAGAGGCCAGCGAGGGGCCAGCGAGGGGAAAGCGAGGGGCCAGCGAGAGGCCAGCGAGGAGCCAGCGAGGGGCCAGCGAGAGGCCAGCGAGGGACCAGCGAGGGGCCAGCGAGAGGCCAGCGAGGAGCCAGCGAGGGGCCAGCGAGAGGAAAGCGAGAGGCCAGCAAGAGGAAAGCGAGGGGCCAGCGAGGAGCCAGCGAAGGACCAGCAAGGAGCCAGCGAGGGCCAGCGAGAGGCCAGCGAGAGGCCAGCGAGGGGCCAGCGAGAGGCCAGCGAGAGGCCAGCGAGGGGCAAGCGAGAGGCCAGCGAGAGGAAAGCGAGGGGCCACGGGGAGGCCAGACUCAAGCUAUCAUGCCUCUUAGAGCAAGGUUGCUUCAGGCUCGAUUUCCCUUCUCUUGCUCGCAAUUGCACACAUGAUGGAGAGCGCGGGCUCCGUGAGAACAGCCUUACCAGGAGCUCCUUAGAAGCACGGUUCUCCGCCGCCUGGAAUCGCCAGCGCGUGGAAGGCCCUCUCGCACUUGCAUAUUCUCACGCAGUUAAUGUUCUGAAAAGCGAAAUGACAGCACUAAGGAAGGGGCAAAAAACGGGCACCAACAUUAAGGGUUCUGACGCGGCCAGUUCGUCGCAACAGAUCGUGGCGGGCCGUGGCCCAUCUUUUCCUCAUAUCGCGCCAAGAGGACACCUAGAGAUGGGCAAGAGUUCCCACUACGUGCGAUCCAACAACAUGCUUAUACCUCGUGCCAAGAGUCUCCUGUCAGUCCUGGGCGCCACAGCUCCACGCCAGCCUCCGCGACGCCUUCCGCCCCCACUUCGCCGCCGUCACGCGAGGAGGACCUUCGCCGCCGCCUACGAAAUGUUAGUCGCCGUCUAUGAUUUGUCUCUGCGACCAAAGCCGGAAUACCAAUCACUUCCUCCGCAGUGCACCAGAACAAGACCAGCGCAGAGACUGACAAUCAUGUACAAAAUCAUAAACAACUACUUAUACAUUGACAAACAGGGACACCUAAGCUGGCCAAACAUCCGCACCGCACGAUACAUGCAUGUGUCCUACACAUGCAUGUAUCGGAGACACACUGACGAGGCACUUGUUCUACCACCUGCAUGUGACUAG